CAAGCCAGUUUAUAAUCAGUGUAGCGCAAGACGGCGAAGUGUUCGUACAAAGGAAAGGCAAUUCAGUAUAAUUUUUGUCAUUUUCUUUUGUGUAUUAAAUAUUUUUGUUGCCCCAUUCCAGUAGCAGAAAAUUUUGAAAUAAUUUUUCUGUGUAGAAAAACUAGUUACAAUAUUAACUUUAAAAAAUAGUGACAAACAAAGUUCGUGAUAAAAUUACAAAAAAAAAAAAAAAAUGUCUGCAAUUAAUAUGCAAAGAGCACCGCAAACAUAUUCUCGUCUCUUCCGUCCCUGGGAUUCUAAGCAACGAAGCAACGCAGUAGCAGCAGCAGCUUCAACAGCUCAAGAUAAACAAGCUUCAGCCAACCCCCCCAACAAGCCAGCUAACGUCGCCGCUGCGCCGCCUAACUUACGACCUGAGGUAACGCUUACCAUGCCCUCGAAACAUUAUCUGACGCCACCGCCCGCAACAAAUAAUGAUGAUGAAUGUCUACAAACAAGCAGAACAUCCGAGUGUGCAUCUAGUGACAGCACCUCUUGUCAUAGUCAUCUCAGCGACGAAAACAUACUUCCCUCACCUUCAAGCAGCCAACGUACAACCAUAUCUUAUCCACCGCAUCAUAGUCUCUACGCAGCGCGACUAACACCACCGCAACCGACACAGCAAUCCACACAAACUCCCGAGGCGUAUCCUUAUACUCGGGAAGAGUUUGCGUCGUAUGCCCAACAAAUGCGAUUAUUCUCACAACACUUUCUGCCAACGACGGCAACGACGACUCUGCCCGCACCUGUACCUCGGGAUUUAUUUUACGCUUCCAAUGCGGAAGCUACUGCCUUAUGUAGAACCAACAACAUCGUCUCAUCACUACUCCCACCUUUGCCUACGAUUCCGGCGACGAAUACGUGUGCACCCGUAAAUGGCAUGGAUCUGUAUGCAGCCGCUAUGGUGGAACAAGAGUUCGCGCGUAUUAUGACAGAAGAUGCACGUCUUAAGGCAAUGAACGCACGUAAACAACGUCCGAAGAAGUUUAAAUGUCCGCACUGUGAUAUAGCCUUCUCCAAUAAUGGUCAAUUAAAGGGUCACAUUCGUAUACAUACCGGCGAGCGACCAUUUAAAUGCGAUGUAGAAACGUGUGGCAAAUCGUUUACACGUAACGAGGAGUUGACACGCCAUAAACGUAUACACACCGGACUUCGACCGUUUCCAUGUCAGGUGUGUGGCAAGAAAUUCGGUCGUCGUGAUCAUCUUAAGAAACACUUGAGAACCCAUAUGCCACCGGAACAACAAAUGGGCCCCACAAUACUUUUACCAAUGUACAACUACCUCUAUGGAUACUAAGCGACCUGUCGUAUAUUUUGUAUUAAAUAGUACGUGUCUUCCUAAAUACUCAGCAACGCGAUUAAGAAUAGUGAAUAUGGAUCAACAUUGUACCUGAACUGGAUGCAAUUUUGAGUAGGCACAGGAGUGUUUACAACAAAUACCUCAUC